CUUGGGGCGGAUUGAUCUCGGGGGCUGGACCUCGCUGUGAAAACAACUUGAAGUUAAUUUAGGUGAUUUCUCGAUUUCUCAUCAAACUUAUCGACCCGAUACAGAUCGAUCCCCGAGGCCCGGUGACGGCCCGCAGCGGAGCUCGACCCCCGCCGACUCUCUCAUGGAAUUGCUGCUGAAGUAACUAGCCUGGUUAGCCGCGCAGCUAGCUCCGGGAGGAGGACGCUGUCAGGCCCGGCCGGAGCGAAGGGACUCUGCGGGGAAUGCUAGCAGGGAGCGCGGCCACAAUGGGCACCAGGGCCAGAGUGGCGCGGGCGGAUAACGGACCGGAGUUGAACAGCCUGGAGGUGAACGCCGCCGCGGGGCCGGGUAGCGGUGAUGCCCUGGAGACCGACAGAGGCCAGUACGAGGAGCGGGACUACACCGCCGAGGUGGUCUACAGCGGCUCCGACCAGGACUCGGAGUCCGGGGAGGACGAGGAGGCGCCGGGCCCGGUGGGGCGGCGGAGAGGCGUGAAGCGGGAGAGGACCGAGAGGAUAGUGGGACGCCAGGCGGCGCGCACCCCCGGAGGCCGGAGCGAGGCUUACGGCGAUGUCAGCCCCGGUGGUUCGGGGAUGAAGCCCGGCAAGAAGACCAGAGGAAGGGUGAAGAUUAAGAUGGAGUUCAUCGACAACAAGCUGCGGCGGUACACGACCUUCAGCAAGAGGAAGACCGGCAUCAUGAAGAAGGCCUACGAGCUCUCCACGCUGACGGGGACUCAGGUGCUGCUGCUCGUCGCCAGUGAGACGGGUCACGUCUACACAUUCGCCACCAGGAAGCUGCAGCCAAUGAUCACCUCGGAGACUGGGAAGGCGCUCAUCCAGACCUGUCUCAACUCACCCGACUCGCCGCCGCGCUCCGACCCCUCGUCUGACCAGAGGAUGAGCGCCACGGGCUUCGAGGAGACCGACCUCACCUACCAGGUGUCGGAGGGUGACGGCACUGUGGAAGGUGCCAAGGAUGGAAUGAAGCCGACCUUCAGCCUGCCCGGCUCUGCCCAGCCCUCCUCUUCCCCCUCCUCCUCCUCCUCCUCAGUGUCUAUGCAGGUACAGAGCAGCGCCCCCUCCUGGCAGCCCCCCUGCUCCUCCUCCUCCUCCUCCUCCUCCUCCUCCUGCACCAAUGGGACAGUUUUGAAGACGUCGGCGGGCGUCGUGCUUCCUGGAGGCUUCACCUUGAUGACAGCAGGCGCCCCGCUGCCCCCCGGCACACACACCAUCCCCCUCAGCCAGCUGCAGGGCCAACCUCUGGCCAUCCAGGGCCCCGUGGCCCCGGGCCCCGCCAACAUUUUGCACACUUCAACCGCACAGCCCACCACGCUGCUCCGCCUUCCCACCACCGUGUCGUUACCGGGCCAGUCCGUCUCUCAGCAGCUACAGACCAUCCAGGUCCAAGCCAGCAGCCAGCAGACGUCCAGCCCUGACAUCAACCCCCCCACUUCCUCUGCAGCCGGACUUCCUGUCUCCAUCGUGUCCUCCUCUUCCUCCUCCUCUUCCUCCGCCUCAGGGGCGAGUCACAUGGUGUACCCCGGUGCUCAUACUGUGAUGUACGCCACGCGGACCCCCUCGCUGGGCGACGGCAGCCUCACGGUCCUGAACACCUUCCCUCCGACAGGCCACACCCAGACACACGACCCCACUGCCGUCUCGCAGGUUUUCCUCACAUCGCUUCCUCAAGUCGCCGGUCAGAUCCCCGUUUCUGCAGUCCAGCUUCACCCAAUGGUGAUCAGCGGGCAGAGCAGCAGCAGCAGCAGCAACCUGACGGAGCUCCAGGUCGUCAGUCUGGACGUCCACCAAUCAAAGCACGACUGAUCGUCCCAACGCUUCCUGUUUACAUUGUUUUCGGUGGUGACAGUGAAGGAAACACAAACAUGUCGAAUGGAAGGAGGUCCUGUCGCUGGUCGGAUGAUCCUCGAGGCUCGGAGCCGCUGUGAAGUCGUUGUCACGGCAACACAAAUUGAAAACAUGAAGGUUUGGACUGAUGCGUUCAGGGACCCCGUCGGACACACAGCUGGAUGAAACUGUGCCGGUCGAUGUGAAAGCGUGGAGCCUUUUUCUGCAAUCAGAUAUUUUUGAUAUUCAGAAAUAAAUGUUUUUCUUUCUUUUCUUUUUUUAAAUAAAACUUGUUUUCUACGGCUUUGAGAUUAAAGUUUAUAUGUAAAUGAAUGUUUCUUCUUCAUGUCAUGUAACUUUAACUCACUACAGGAAAAACAAUCUCAUGAAAAAAAUAAAUGAAGUCGUCUUUCAUCUUUUUA